UAAUCCCAAAGAGAAGAAGGAAUGGUGGGGUAUAUACUGUAAUGGUUUUGAAAAAAGGGAGGGCAUAUUCAUUUUUUUCAAUAAAUUUUGAUUCAGUUAGAGAGAGAGAGUGAGAGAGAGAGAGCAGCAAAGACCGUUAGUUACAUAAGAACAUUGAAGAAGCAACCAAAAGGAUGCUUCCUGACCAAAUACCCUUCAGGACUUCAAUAUAUACGAAUCAGUCCCUCCCUUCCUUCUUCUUCUUCUCCUUCCUUCCCUCUCUGCUCCUCCAAAACGCUCGUUUUGAUACUAUCUCUGCCUUUUUUCUCAGUAUUUGAAUAAUUCAAUAAGAGAAUGGAAGAUAUGACGACGACGACGACGACGACGACAUCGAUCCAAAACGCUGCGGCGGCAGCGGCGGCGGCAGCUGCUGCAGCUUCUUCUUCUUCUUCUUCUUCGUCUUCAAUUCUUGCGAAUUACCCUCUCAUCUGUGCUCUCGUUGCGUUUGCAAUUGCCCAAUCUACCAAGUUCUUUACUUCCUGGUAUAGGGAGAAACGAUGGGAUUUCAAGAAACUCGUUGGGUCUGGUGGAAUGCCUUCAUCUCAUUCUUCAACUGUUACUGCACUUGCUGCAGCCAUUGGAUUCCAAGAAGGCUUUGGAGGAUCAGUGUUUGCACUUGCAUUGACCUUAGCAUGUGUUGUGAUGUAUGAUGCCACUGGUGUAAGACUACAUGCUGGACGCCAAGCAGAGGUUUUGAAUCAAAUUGUCUAUGAACUUCCUGCUGAGCAUCCACUAGCUGAGAGCAGACCACUACGAGAACUUCUUGGACACACCCCUCCCCAGGUAAUCGCUGGUGGGUUGCUUGGAACUCUCACAGCAAUUAUUGGUCAUUUGAUUGUCAUUACAAGUAGGCAAACUUGAUAUGGAUAUUGCCUUGUUAAUACCACUUGCAGCAGCACCUCUGGGGGUUAAAUCUCAAGUGACGCCUCUGGACAUAAUUACUAAUGGAGAACAUUUCGACAUACAUGGGUUCUUUUUUUUUUUUUUUUUUUUUUUUUUUUUUUUGGGGUUCAGAUUUGGAUAGAAAAAGCUUUUCUUGUCCAUCAUCCCGGUUAGCAUAUUCUUGCAUUAGACUGCCUCUUAUUUCUUGUGUAAAGUGGCACUGGAAUGAUAUCAUUCGAUUGAUUCAAAGAGUUUGUUCAGACUAUUCAGAUUCAGUAGCCUAUGUAAUCCAAGUAAAGCUUUAGGGGAGAAUAUGCUUGUAAAGUUUGCCACUGAUGCAUGAGAUUUUCAAUAUAGAAAGAAUUCUUCCAGCAA